UGGAGACUCUGUAAAUAAUUAAACACUCUAGGGGUUGCGUACUUCCAAAUCCCCCCGAGUUCAGUCCAUGCCUUCUGUUUCAAAAGGGCAGUGCACUUUCGUUUUUCAUUCUCCAUUCACACGAAAGGCCAGGCAUCCAUAACUCGCCUCUAGUGUGGCCUUUUAAUAAUUAAAUCCAAGCUGACAUUGACCUCAACCAGGGCCAGAAGCUUCUGGCUGCAGCCAGGUUCCAGAGCAGAGGCCCGGCGCCGGCCUGGGAAAGGGUCCGGGGGCGCCGCAGGGGACCGCGUGGCGUGGCGCUCCCGGGACCGUUAUGCGAGUCUCGCCCCCGCGGGCAGCGCCUCCCAGUCCCCCACCCUCGAGGGGUACCGAGGGCGUCCGAGAGCCCUCCAGCGCGGCAGUUCAAACUGGCGAGGGAUGUGAUCUUCGUGGUGGGAAGCUAAGUUUUUAAACUACCCCAAUGGAUGCAGACAGUGAUGUUGCAUUGGACAUUCUAAUUACAAAUGUAGUCUGUGUUUUUAGAACAAGAUGCCAUUUGAACUUAAGGAAGAUUGCUUUGGAGGGAGCAAAUGUAAUUUAUAAGCGUGAUGUUGGAAAAGUAUUAAUGAAGCUUAGAAAACCUAGAAUUACAGCUACAAUUUGGUCCUCAGGAAAAAUUAUUUGCACUGGAGCAACAAGUGAAGAAGAAGCUAAAUUUGGUGCCAGACGUUUAGCACGCAGUCUGCAGAAACUAGGUUUCCAGGUAAUAUUUACAGAUUUUAAGGUUGUUAACGUUUUGGCAGUAUGUAACAUGCCAUUUGAAAUCCGUUUGCCAGAAUUCACAAAGAACAAUAGACCUCAUGCCAGUUAUGAACCUGAACUUCAUCCUGCUGUGUGCUAUCGAAUAAAGUCUCUAAGAGCUACAUUACAGAUUUUUUCAACAGGAAGUAUCACAGUAACAGGGCCCAAUGUAAAGGCCGUUGCAACUGCUGUGGAACAGAUUUACCCAUUUGUGUUUGAAAGCAGGAAAGAAAUUUUAUAAUUCAUUACUUAAUUGGUUAGAAUCUCUAACUGAGCACCUUUUAAAACCUGCACAUUUGGACUCAAAAGGAAAACUGGACCAACAAUAAUUGAGGAAAUAGACUCUUUUACUCAUUCACGGCUACAGUGUAAGCUCCAGUCCCUUUGGAUUUUAUUCCAAACGUUGCUGUAAUAUAAAAAGGAAGUUUACAAGACAUGACAUUGCUGCUUUUACAAAAGGACAUUCUAUUUAUUUUCGCAGUAAUUCUCAUGUCCACAUAAGCAGAGCUGUCACAGUGUGCACUACCUUAGAUUGUUUUAUUGUUGUCAUUGUUAUUUUUUUCCAGUUUGAGCUAAGGUGUUUUAUUUGUGAAUAGUCUUUUACAUUUUUGUAUGCUGAAUAUGGGCACCAAAGAACCUGUAAAAGUUAUCUUUUUCAAUUGAAUGUGCACAAAUAAAAGUUUGGAAAAGA